CAAUUCAUUCUCUCUCUUUCUCUCUGUGUUUCAUCUUUCAGCAAAAGUCAAUUAGAGAAAUAUGCAUAACAUUUGUCUCAACAUGCCACCAAUGGUCCAAAGUUUCAACCCUGAGGACCUCUUCACACGAAGAUGUGUAUGGGUAAACGGACCAGUAAUAGUUGGGGCCGGUCCUUCAGGCCUCGCAGUCGCAGCAGGUCUGAAGGACCAAGGCGUCCCUUUCAUCAUUCUUGAGAGAGCUAAUUGCAUUGCCUCUCUUUGGCAAAACCGUACCUAUGAUCGCCUCAAGUUACACCUUCCCAAGCAAUUCUGCCAGUUACCGAAUUUACCCUUCCCUGAAGACUUCCCUGAAUAUCCUACAAAAUUUCAGUUCAUUAAGUACCUUGAAUCCUACGCUAACCACUUUAACAUAACCCCACAAUUCAAUGAAACAGUUCAGUCUGCUAAGUAUGAUGAGACCUUUGGAUUGUGGAGGGUUAAGACCAUUAGGAAAAGCCACUCUGGUUCCAGUGAAGUUGAGUACAUUUGCCGGUGGCUUAUUGUUGCCACCGGCGAAAAUGCAGAGAGAGUUGUACCUGAAUUUGAAGGGUUGGAUGAGUUUGGUGGCAAUGUCAUGCAUGCUUGUGAUUACAAAUCUGGGGAGAGUUAUAAAGGACAGAAAGUGCUUGUUGUUGGGUGUGGAAAUUCCGGCAUGGAAGUUUCCCUUGAUCUUUGUAACCACAAUGCAACUCCAUCCAUGGUUGUUCGAAGCUCGGUUCAUGUGUUGCCAAGAGAAGUUUUUGGAAAGUCAACUUUUGAACUUGCAAUAAUGUUGAUGAAACGGCUACCACUAUGGAUGGUUGACAAGAUACUGCUAAUUCUGGCCAGUUUGAUCCUCGGAAACGUCAAAAAGUACGGUCUAAAACGGCCUUCUGUAGGACCUUUAGAGCUCAAGAACACUGCCGGGAAGACUCCUGUAUUGGACAUUGGAGCACUCAAGAAAAUUAGAUCAGGUCAGAUCAAAGUUGUACCUGGAAUCAAGAGAUUCUGGCAAGGGAAAGUGGAACUUGUGGAUGGCAAGAUUCUAGAAAUUGACUCCGUUGUUCUUGCUACUGGUUACCGCAGCAAUGUACCAUCAUGGCUUAAGGAAAAUGACAUGUUUUCAGACGAUGGUGUUCCAAAGGACCCAUUUCCGAAUGGGUGGAAAGGCAAGGCUGGUCUUUAUGCCGUUGGGUUCACAAGGAGAGGCCUUUCCGGUGCUUCUUUGGAUGCCAUUAGUGUGUCUCAUGACAUUGCCAAGAGCUGGAAGGAGGAAACUAAACAGAAGAAGAAAACAGCCGCUGCACGCCACAGGAGAUGCAUGUCACACUUCUAAGAUAUAUGCAAAUCAGUGGUUGAUAAAUCAGUUGCUAUUCGAAUAAUUUUCUGUAGUGUUCGGUUAAGUAAAUGGAGAUCUGUUUGAAAAAUAAUAAUAAUGUAGAGUUUCCCUAACAAGAAACAUUAGCCCUCUCCUUAAGAAAAAUCCCAUUGUUUGAAAAAUAAUUGGCUAUUAUUUUUUGUGCAAAAAGGAAGAUGAGGCUUAUUUGGUUACGGUUUUUCAGUUGUAAGGAAUAUUGUUUCACACAUCAAUUGAAUAUUGUAUUACAUUUUUUCAUGUUUUAAUAAUGAAGUCAAAGCCU